GCUUCACACCUCCCAUAUGCCCUUCUUCUCACUCUCUCACACACUCCAUGGUCCACGAGCUGCUUACCGACUUCUAGCGCCCUGGAACCACAAGCAAAGCUUCACACACCGUUCACAUUGUAACCGAUUGGAGAGAACCAAACAACUGAUCAGAAGAAGUGGAGUCUACGCUCCGUGUUGCGCGAGACGGAACUUCUUUAGCAGUUCCACCGAGACUACAGACAUCCAUCAAGGCUCAGGUCGGUUCAGGAAGCGCUCGCGGUUCGGGCUUCGGCCCGCUGUUUCCUUCACGGGGGAUUUACGGUGCAGUGGAAGCAUGGACUGUAACUGUGUUAGUGACCUGCUCCUCACUCCACCUGUCCCAGCCCUCUGGACACCAGGCUUUGCCUUUCCAGACUGGGCCUAUAAGCCAGAGUCUAGCCCUGGCUCCAGGCAGAUCCAGCUGUGGCAUUUCAUCCUGGAGCUGCUGCAGAAGGAGGAAUACCAGGGGGUGAUUGCCUGGCAGGGAGACUAUGGUGAAUUUGUGAUCAAAGAUCCGGAUGAAGUAGCAAGACUCUGGGGGAUUCGCAAGUGCAAGCCUCACAUGAACUACGACAAGCUUAGCCGUGCACUAAGGUACUACUACAACAAGCGCAUUUUGCACAAAACUAAAGGAAAGCGGUUCACCUACAAAUUUAAUUUCAGCAAGGUGGUUCUAGUGAAUUAUCCGCUAUUAGACAUGGCUAGCUCUCCUUUCUUGCUAGCUCAGAACCACUUCAAUGGAGGGGCAGCCACAGCAGACUGCAGCCCUGUGACCCCGGAGGCCUUGCAGUCUUUAUUCCCUCGGUUGCCUGAUUCUGGCCGUGGAACUGCUCUGUUUGACCGUGCUACAGGAGCCCCAGAGGGUGAUAAGCUCAGAUUGGACGCUUUUCCUUUCCUUGGUUCAGCAGCCCCCUGUUACUCUAAACCUCCAUCCAUGUUGGGUCCUUACCCUCGUAACCCUGCAUUUGACUACUCUUGGGGCUUCAACCCAUAUCUCCCUGGGGCUUUAUCCCUCAACAACUGUCCUAAACUGCCUCCAGGCUCGAUCUACCCCUCACACUUCUAUCCAAAUCCGCUUCAGUCUGGCCUGGCACAGCUCCCUCAUCCUUUUUCCUCACUCCUUCCUCCUGGGGACACAACAGGAACAGAGCGGGCUCAAACUGGGGGAUCCAACGGCUCAGUGGGUGGUCAGGCUCCACGACUCUGCAUUCCGUCAUACCCGGGUAGUUUACUUCAAGGCCGGACUGAGCUGGGAAUUUUGGGUCCUGGUAUGAGUGAGAGGGAAAGAGGAGAGAACACUAGCAUUACAGGGGCAGGUGGAGGUGGGAUUGGCGUGGGAUUAGGUUUAGGCUUGGGAUCACUGGGAUUAGGGAGUGGAGGAGGCAUCCAGAGUCCGUCAGAUCGGCGCACAGGAGUGAAACAGGACCCAGGGUCGGAUUCUGAGCUGGAAAUCACAGACCUGAGUGACUGUAGCUCGGAGAACGAAAACGAGCCAGACUUCAACGUCAGCCAAGAGAAGGAGCAUAGGAUGGGAGGCCGACCUCACAUUCCUGAAGCCAAGACUGCAGGUCUGGGUGGAACCUUACCUCAGCUCUCUUCUCUUCCUCCUUCUAUAUCUCCCCACCCUCUGAAAAGCCUGGUACCUCUGACUCCUCCACCACCAUCUCUUCCUACAUCACUUUCUCCUUCCCUCAUCUUGGUUGAGCGGCACAGAGAAACAGAGACUCUUAAACAUACUCAUAGUUAAGACGCUUUGUUCAGAUGCUGGUUAUAUUGAGCACUCUCUGCCUCUAUCUCUUUGUCAAUAUACAGUAUACU